AUGUCGGAACUUGACAAUAACACGGCCUCAACUUUGGUAAGGCAACAAAUUUUGACUCUGUAAAGACCUGACUUCAGACGCCCCCGGCUGCAAACUAUCCAGUAAUUGGAAUCCUGGUGGGAGCAGCUUCAUUUGCGUCGAUUGCCCUCAAUAUCUCCGUUAUGUUGACAUUGAAAUCAAAAGGUUUUUUAACGUCCCGAAAGUCCACGGUGUAUUCAUUGUCAUUUGCGUAUAUUUUUGCCGACAUUCUGGAGCAAUCCAUCAUGUGUUUUUAUGUAGCGCCAAGCAUCGUCACACAAGUAAGCUUAAGCGCGCUAACUCUCAAACCUUUGCGCAACGAAUUACAAAGAACCAAAAAAAGUUAUUUCUUAUAGAAGGGCGUCGCUGUACAGUGGGUUAUUUUGGCCUGAAAUUGAACGCCAGGACCUCAGAUAUUACUUGUUGUAGACAGGUUUUUGUCGACCAGUAUAGGGGCUUUUUACCGGAGCGAGAUGCACUUUUUUGCAUGCGCCCCCGCGACGUCGCAAAAAAGUUUUGGCAGCAGCAAAAGGAAGUCAGAAAAAAAAACUACGACGCCAGCAAAGAAUUGCAAAAGCAAAAUCCCUAAUUCAAACUGAUUCUGCGACUAAAUCAAUGAAAUUCUCAGAGUUUCUUGGUCGGCGAACGGGACCAUCCUCUAGUGAUGGCCUUGGGAUUCGGCUGGCUUGUAUUUUGGUACAUGGGAAUGCUAUACCAAAUCAUCAUUGCUCUCGAUCGAGUAAACAGCAUCGUCUUUCGUCAAACCUCGAUUCGUGAAUACUACCGACUGAUAAUUGCGUUGGUUUGGGUUGUGUCAUGUAGCGCCGCUUACAUCGGCUACUUUAUCUUGCCCUGUUGCAGGUGAGUUUCAAGAUGACUUUCAAGGUAUCACAACUUCUAAUACAAAUGCAAUUACAUUUUAUAAUUGCCUUAAGGUUCUAUGUGUCAUACGUUAAUUACGGCUUUGCGUAUACCGAAGGUUUUAAUUACUCCAACACAUACCUUGACGUUCCUUUCAAUGUUAUCACAACUGUUACAAUUUACGUUUGCUACACAUGGGUAGGACCGACUUUACGACACAUAAAUGAGCAAUUCAGAUUUUUCUGUACAUCCGGAGAACCAAUAGGAUCAACAGUAUUUCCGAAGACAAAAUGGCGGAGCGCCGGCAGCAGGAGUUCAAUCUGGCCAGGCAAUUUUUUACUAUGGCUCUUCUAUUUUCGUGUGAGUGCGACAGACCUGGAAUGUAG